GUUUUGGCCGGUCCAGAGCUAUUUCAGAGUGUUUUAUCGCUGGGGGCGUUGACUGUCAAAUCCUUGCGGAUAAGGAUUAAACCAGACGUCUUCUACCUUAUUUAUCCUUCUUCUUAAUAUGAUUUUGUAAAACACAUAUACAAUUUAAAAUUGGAUUCUAACAUAAUUGAGAAUGUUUUCGCGCAAUUGUGAACUAAAGAGCAUAGUAGCUAUUAUUUUCAUUAGCCAUUUAACAUUCGAAGUUACUCCAGCUUCCCCAGCACACAUACAUUCCAUUCAUAAAGAAAGAGUUGAAGAUGGAUCUUUUGUUCCUAGGGACCACAAUCAUAUUGUUGAAGGAGAACAUCAUUCUGAAUUUGACCAUGAAGCAAUUAUUGGAAGUGUAAAAGAGGCUCAAGAAUAUGAUCACCUUUCCCCCGAAGAGUCAAAAAGAAGGCUCAGAAUUUUACUAGGAAAAAUGGACCUAAACAAAGAUGAGCAUAUUGACCGAAAUGAAUUAAGGGCUUGGAUAUUAAGAUCAUUUAAGAUGUUAACAGAAGAAGAAUCCGCUGAUAGGUUUGAAGAUGCUGACCAAAAUGAUGAUGGGAAAAUUACAUGGGAGGAGUAUAAAGACGAUACUUAUGGAUCAGAUGAUGAUUUAGAAGGGGAAGGGGACAUGGACACUAUGCUGAAACAAGACAAAAUAAUGUUUGAAGCUGCCGAUGUUAAUAAAGAUGGGUUGUUGGAUAAAAAGGAAUUUGUCUCAUUUUCUCAUCCUGAAGAAGCUCCAGAAAUGCUUCCUCAUAUUCUCCGGAAUACUCUUGAUGAGAAAGAUACCAAUCAUGAUGGCAUGAUCGAUUUCCAAGAAUUUGUUGGAGAUAAGGGUAGAGAUCAUGAUAAAGAAUGGUUAAUUUCAGAGAAAGAUAAAUUUGAUAAUGAUUUUGACAAGGACAGAGAUGGAAAAUUAAAUCCUAAUGAAAUUUUAUCAUGGGUUGUCCCUAGUAAUGAUGAAAUAGCACAAGAGGAAGUCACACAUCUAUUUGCUUCUGCUGAUGAAGAUCAUGACAAUUUGCUUUCUUUUGAAGAAGUAAUUGAAAACCAUGAUAUAUUUGUUGGGAGUGAAGUUACAGACUAUGGAGAGCAUCUUCAUAACAUUGAGGAUUUCAAAGAUGAGCUGUAAUGUCAUUACAGAGAAAAAAAACUUUUGUGAUGAUGAGUAAGGGGACUUAAAUGAUUUCAUCUUUAUAAUACAGCAUUUAAAUUGUAAACUAAGUGGUUAUUGCUGUUGCUAACUACCUAUUUUAUAACUUGAAGUACUUUUCAACUUACAUAGAACCUGGUUUAUCUAGAAUGACAUGGCCUGGGCUAAUCUGGAUUAUGCAAAAUUAAAAAUAAGAGAUGGUAAGAUUAGUAAAUAAAAAAUUAUUUUUUAAGGACUGUUAAAGUAAUUUGCAAAAAAUAUAAAUAUUUAAAGAAAUAUUCCAUGUAUUAGCAGAGCCUGGAUUUUCAUGCAGUUAAACCUUGCAGAAUAUGCAAUCAAAACUAUUCAGUAUGCAUUAAAAAAACAAAGAUUUGAAGC